AUGAACGCUCCUCCCCGUCAUUUACCGCCGCCCAUUGCCAUUGCUCAGCAGGCAGGUCGUUUGGCGCCGCUGUCUUAUCUCGGUUCCCCAGAUCACCGCCAUGCGCGUAUCCAGCAUCCUCCCCCACCGCCGCCUGCGCCUAUUUUGCGCAGUCCCGGCCACGACAGGCUGGCCAGCGGCAACAACGCCCAUUCUACCGCAUCACCGCCUGGUAUUAGCCACCUCUCGUUACAUCACCACAGUGCUUCUUAUCAUGGGCAUGCACCAUCUCCCAUGCAGUCGCCCCACGACAGGCGUGAUUACUCUGAUGAGAGGAGAGACUACCAUGAUGACAGGAGGGAAUUUCACGACGAGACUGAAAACUUUACCGGCGAUGGCCCUCCGAAGAAGAAGCAGAAGCGCAACAAGCCCACGCUCUCUUGCCACGAAUGCGUAGAACGAAAGACCAAGUGUGACCGUGGUCGUCCUCACUGUCUAGCUUGCAUCAAGAGACAAACUGAAUGCAGAUAUGCUCAUGUUGCCAACUUACUAGAGGAAACCACUCGAUCCGCCUCUACUGGCCGACGCAUGACCAAGGCACCUAAAAAGAAGCCAGGUGUCGAAGGCAGAACAAAUAUUCCCAACAUUGCAGAUAGAUACGCUGCCACGGGCGACAGCCCUUCGCGCGGUGCCCUGGCUCUUUCCACCGGCCUCAUGUCCAACGUUCCCUACUCCAAGUCAUCAUCUAGCAACGUCUUUGGCAUUGGCUCCGAGCACCCGUUCGCAAAUUACUGGACUUGCGAAGGCGGCCUGAAGGAGGUCAUCUCGGUGCUUCCCGAGAAGCCACAAGCAGACAGUCUGAUCAACCGCUAUUUCGAAUGUGUCGACCCUGUCUACCCAAUGAUCCACCGCCUUACUUUUUACGCAGACUACGAGGAGUUCUGGCGCAUGAGUGACCAGCAAAAGCAAGAGAUGGAUGCGGCCUAUAUUGCGCAAAUCUUUGUCAUGAUUGCUUUGGGAACUCAAUUUGUCACUUCCACGACAGCCAAGGAGCGCAAACAGCAGGCUGAGUUUUAUGCUUCGGCCAGCAACCAGGCUCUGCGCAUGUCCUCGUAUCUCAGCAUUGCUUCCCUGCGAUCCAUUCAGGCCAUGGUUCUGAUGACGUACUUUCUCAUCAAUGACAAUCACGCCUCGGACGGUUGGGCCUUUGCAGGCAUUCUUAUCCGCCAAGCCUACGCCAUGGGUCUGCACCGCGAUCCUAACAUUGUGACUCCUGACGCAAGCCCGUUCGAAAAGCAGCAGCGGCGCAAAGUAUGGCAGGCGGUGUUGCUUCAAGACACCUUCCUGACUGUGCUCCUUUCUCUGCCUCCUUCGGCCACGCAUACCGAUGUUUCUGUAGAUGACCUCAAUGACCACGGAAGCUCCAUUGCGAGCAGCGAUCCGACUGAUACCGCCUACGUUAGGGGCUCGUGGACACUAGCCAACCUUGUUCAGGAAACUAUUUGCUCGCCGCGCUCUCUCGACCUGCCGAUAUGCAGCACGGGUCGCAACAAGUCUAAGCUGGUCGCCGACUUUCGCGCAGUUUACCGAUCAUUUCCAGACGUGUUCCGGUCUUGGGAUGCCGACAGCCUGACGGGCAUGGCACAGACCAACAAGCGCGUCGUGCGCCAGACGCUCUUCCUUACCAGCAACUACUUUCACAACCUCAUGUUGGUGCAUGCCUCAGAGAGCUCCGACGUUCCGGUCAAUAUCCGUGGCACGCUCGAGGCGGCGCACGAUGCCAUUAGCGCAUUCUUUAUGCUCUUUUCGCUGCUCGAAUCCGAGGCGCGCGUGUGGUGGGUCUUUAACCACCGGGCCUUUCUCGAAGCUGUUUGCAUCGGCAACGUGCUGCGCGAGGCGCUCCGCGAGCCUGGUGGCAAGGAGAUGCUCGCGAGGGAUCCGCUCUUUGUACGGGCCAGAGCCGAUAUCACUCGCAUGAUUGAAAUUUUGGAGCUCAUGAUUGAAGAUUCAGAGGUGGCCCACACGCGCAUCGAGGUUCUCAGCGCCUACUUGACGGUCGAGUGA